GUAGGAGUCUGGGAACCUGGGGCGUUGGGGGGCGGGCUAGGGCUCCCCGGGCUAGCCGGAGGUGACAGGUGGAGAGUGGAAAUGUCUGUGUUUCGGGGCCCCUCUCUCCGUCAGGGGCUUGCCCGGCGCAGAGAGAGCCGAGCCCAUGGAACCGCCCCGGAGACCUGCUGAGACGAGGCUUUCCCGUCGGGCGGAGCCCGCGGGCGGACGUGGAGAUUUCUUGUGGAUCCUUACUUGUCAGCCCCCUCGAACUAGGAGGAGAGAUGAAGUGUUGUUUCUGAGUCCAUGCUCUAUUAGUAUUAUUGUUAUCAUUAUUGGUUUUAAGGAUUUGCUGAUUGUCCAUGUGGAUUCCUGAAGUGCCCCCAAGGCACACGGGAGUGGAGAUGGUCUUGGAUUCCUUUUGCCUUUACUGUGUUUAGUGCCAGAGAGCCUAGGUGGCCAGACUGACCGGUGGAUCACCCUCCACUUGUGCUUAAUGUGACUCUCUAAUUUAUCAGUUACUUCAGAAACAGACAUUUCUUGAUCUCUGCCCGUGGGUGACUUUACAUAGAACUUCCUGGUUUCUCCUUUGGGCUUCUAUGGUGUUUUGUUCAGACAUUAAAGCUGGAAUCACAGUAUGUCACAGUGUAUUACAGUUGUUUAUCUGCCAUGUCACAGUCGUUUAUGAGUCGUUCAUUCAUUUUGGAUUUCUCUCCCACCAAAAGACUACCACAAGCCCUAUCAUGUAAGAGACUCAUAAAUAUUGGGGGGAAAAAUGAGUUAACAGCUGGUGGUAGGUUGGAUGGGAAUUUUGAUUUUCAUCUCAUAGAGAAGACAGUUAAAUGACUUGCUUAAGAGAAUCUUAGAGAUGAAACCGGGACUAGAAUUAGAGUCAGUUGACACACAGCCUGUAGCUCUUGCCUUCUGAUCAGACUUUGAAAUUCUAGAACAUUGAAAAUAAGGCCUUGUCACUCUUCUCUCUAUCCCUGGCCUUGCUGUCUUCAGGAUGGGUCCCUAAAGAUCAAAGGUAGGCUCAACCUUAAGACCCGAGAGAGAUGCCAGACUUGGAGCAGGCAGUCUGCUAGCGUUGGCAUUGUAUGGGCCCCGGAGACAGCUGAGCUGUCCACAGCUCCCUGCUCAGCCUGUUUGAGUUCAGCUGGCCCUGGGUAGCCACCUGGACAGAUCAGUGAAAGACUUCUGAGAGCAGUCUAGGGAAGGAUUUCCUAAGUUUAGCCCUGACUUUUAAAACUUUUAUAUUAUAUUGGAGCAUAGUUAAGAUUUUUUUCCUCUCUCUUUCCCACUUUGCCAAGGCUAGGGUCAGAGAACAGGUUGAUGGAUCAAGCUAUUGUAUCAACCUUGUGAUCCCAUCUGGGGGAAGAGGCUACUCUUGACCUGCACAUGGGUUUAAGAGGGAGAAGAACCAUGAUCCCUGCCCUGUGGGAGGCCCAGAUGUGAUGGAAACGUGCCCAGAGCCUGGCAAACACUUAGAAGCAAGGAGAGUGUAAAGCGGGCAGCUGAGCUUUGAGUCAGCUCAGGGUGUAGAAGUGAAGAGGAGUCUGUCAGGAAAGGAUCUUUGGUAGAAGGUAGUUUUAUUUUUACUUAUUUAUAUUGGCCGCGCUGCGCAGCUUGCAAAAUCUCAGUUCCCUAAUCAGGGAUUGAAUCCAGUUCAUAGCAGGAAUCCUAACCACUAGGCAACCACAGAACUCCCAGAAGGUAGUUUUAAACAGCAUUGAAAAAAGAUGAGAUGGACACAGUUAACUGUCAGAUAGAAGCUGGGACCUUGGAGAUAUGGAGGAAAAUGAAACAGGGCUUCCUCUCUGAUCUGCCUCAAGUCUAGUCUAGGAGGCAAGGUGUGAAUUCAUGAAGAUGCCACUAACCAUGGUGACAUGCAGUGGUUCUCAGCCAUCACCAACCGUCGGAAUCUCUUGAGGAAGCUUGUUUAAAUACAGCUUCCCAGGCCCCACUCCAGACCUAUUUGGGUUGGGUAGGGCUGGGAAGCUACAGCAAAUGCUGCGGUGUCUUGAAGAGGGACAACUUUCCCAGAGGGAGAAUUCGAGCUUCAUCUGGAAGGGCAGGUGCUUUAUGAAGAGGAAGAGCACUUGAAUCCAGGAGAGGAAAGGCCCUUCAUUACCAGGAACUGGGAUGAGUGAAGACCUGCCUCGAGGUUGAGGGCUAACUGACAGUCUCUUCUGAGCCCAAGGAAUGGUAGUAAGGCCCCUGGUCAGCCUGGACCCCUCCCACUCGACAGCUGGGGCUGUUGGGGCCUGUCCAUCUGUUUUCCAGGUGACGGUGGCAUGGCUGCACCCCAGCCUUUCCCAUCGGGGCCCCACCUCCAGCCUGCAGGUGCCCUGAUGGAGCCCCAGCCCUCCCCUCGAAGCCUGGCCGAGGGCUUCCUGCAGGAGGAGCUUCGGCUUAACGAUGAGCUGAGGCAACUGCAGUUUUCCGAGCUCGUGGGCAUCAUCUACAACCCUGUGGAGUAUGCGUGGGAGCCACAUCGCAGCUACGUGACCCGCUACUGCCAGGGCCCCAAGCAAGUGCUUUUCUUGGGCAUGAACCCAGGACCCUUUGGCAUGGCCCAGACGGGGGUGCCCUUUGGGGAAGUGAGUGUAGUCCGGGAUUGGUUGGGCCUUGGGGGGCCUGUGCGGACCCCUCCCCAGGAGCACCCCAAGCGACCAGUGCUGGGACUGGAGUGUCCUCAGUCCGAGGUGAGCGGUGCCCGGUUCUGGGGCUUUUUCCGGAACCUCUGUGGACAGCCCGAGGUCUUCUUCCGUCACUGUUUCGUCCACAACCUGUGUCCAUUGCUCCUUCUGGCUCCCAGCGGGCGCAACAUCACCCCCGCCGAGCUGCCGGCCAAGCAGCGUGAGCAGCUCCUCGGGGUGUGUGACGCGGCCCUGUGCCGGCAGGUGCAGCUGCUAGGGGUGCGGCUGGUGGUGGGCGUGGGCCGCCUGGCUGAGCAGCGGGCGCGGCGGGCUCUGGCCGGUUUGAUGCCCGAGGUCCAGGUGGAGGGGCUCCUGCACCCCUCCCCUCGCAGCCCACAGGCCAACAAGGGCUGGGAGGCGGUGGCCAAGGAGAGACUGAACGAGCUGGGCCUGCUGCCGCUGUUGACCAGUUGAGCAGCCCUGCGGCUGGCACAGGACAUGUUCAAGGCCUUUCCUUCUGGGCCAGCGGAUGACCACACGCCUCGGACUGGAGCCACAAGGUCCCCUUGGGCUCCUCAGUUUGGGGGACCUGCCGUUUUGACAUUGCUCCUGCUUGCCCUCCUGAUUACUCACUUCACCUUCCUUCCGUCUGUGGUACCCAACUCCACAGAGAGCCAACAUCUGUGAGCCGCUCUACCUCGCUGCUUCCCUGGAGCCUCUCUUCGGCAGAGUGACCCCAACAGUGACUUCUGAGGUCCUAUUUGCUGUUUUAGAGAAAAGAUCCCACUCGGAUCUCCACCUGUCCUAGAACGGCUUCCUGCAGCUCCCCCGUCUCCCCACAGGGACUGGGACAAAGCAUGAGUCGUGGCUGCUAAAAGUGAACUUCUGAUGAGAGGCUGAGGGUGGGUCAGGGGGAGGUCAGUGUGGCGGCAUGGCAAAGGCCAGAAGACCUGGAUUUCCAUCCCAGCUCUGAGACUUGUGCACUUUGUGAUUUUGGACAAGCGGAUUGACCUCUCCAAGCCUCAGGAUCCUCAUCUAUAACAGGGGGUCCCUGCCUCACCCGGCUGGUGUGGGGGUUGACUGAGAUAACACUUAGAAGUGCCUUGCGUAGUGCCUGGCACGUGGGUGCUCACUACAGCUUUUCUGGCUUUCCUGCCUCCUGGUUGGGGGAGCACAACACUACACUACACUGGAAGCCCCUCUGCCCUGAAGACUGGGGUGAGGGGAGGGGUGGGGGUCUGGGCCUCCACCCAUAUCCUGAGUGACGGGCAGGGUCUUGCCCUGCCAGAGAUGGACCAAUGAGUUUAUGGAAAACCCAGCCUGUGAUUUUUCAGGCUAAGCAUUAAAAGCUCCUAAACCCUUUUGUGUUGGCCCUUUUUUCCCUCCUGCACGUCAGGGGUGGAAGGUGGUAGUUUAUAUUUUCCCUUACCUCUUCCUGUUUGCAAAAGGUUCUCUUGGGUGGCUGGGUAAUGGUAUAAAGUCUCUAAUUACCUUGCCAGAGCUGCAGGAUCUCUCUUAGAGGCCUGUCGAGUGGUUUGUUUGCUAUCUGGGGCACUUUGAUGGGUGGAUGGGAGCCUGGUAUCUCCAGCUAACUCAUUUCUUACCUCUGCUGCAUGUCGGCCCCUGGGAAAGUGAAUCUAGUCAGGAGCAUAGACCACCUUAAUAAGGAACACGUGAUUGGACUCUAGCUCCUGGUAUAGACCAUCUCCAGAUCUCAAAAUAAGAUUUUUAAUAUGUGUCCUCCCCAUUGUAUAAUAAAUAAAUUGAGUGGCUUCCAUUCUUGGUUGUUGAGAGGGAACCUCUUGGUCCUUGGCAUUUCCCAAGCGCUGGGAGUUUUGUCGUUUAUGGUGGGACCCUCAGACUACACAUGAGCUUCUGCUGAAAUUUGACUCAGGAGGGCUGACCAUGCCCAAAAGACCAACUAUGUGAUCAGAGGGUGGGGACUUCAAGCCAGGCAAUAUCAGCCUGACCCCCAGGAAGGGGAGGCGGGGUUGGAGAUUGAACUCAACCAUGUGGUUAAUGAUUUCAAUCAGUUCUGCCUUCAUAAUGAAACCCUAUAAAGACUCUGGACACGGAGACUUUGGUGAACUUCCUGACUGGUGAACAAAUAGGUAUGUCAGGAGAGUGGUGUGUCCUGAUUCCAGGGAAGAAGGGACAUGAAAUCACUUUUGGACCCUCCCAGAUCUUGCAUUAUGUGUCUUCACUUGGCUCACCCUGAUUUGUAUCAUUUAUAAUAAAACUGUAAUAAUA